CACGGGGCCCCGCCCCUCCCCCCACCCGGCUCCGCUUUUUUGCGUCGACGCCACCGCCGUCGGCCCCGGCCAUGGAAGGGGCCGAAAAGGAGCCCCCAACAUCAGCAGUCCUGCUGGACUCCUGCCACUUCUCCCAGAUCAUCUUCAACAAUGUGGAGAAGUUCUACAUCCCGGGAGGGGACGUGACCUGCCGCUACAUCCUCACGCCGAGCAUGGUGCCCCGCCAGAAGGACUGGGUGGGCAUCUUUCGGGUGGGCUGGAAGACCGUCCGCGAGUACUACACCUUCAUGUGGGCUUCUCUGCCCAGGGACCUCCACAGCGAGUCAGCCCGGCAGCAGGAAGUGAAGUUCAAAGCCUACUACCUACCCAAGGAUGACGAGGAUUACCAGUUCUGCUACGUCGACCAGGAUGGAGUGGUCCGGGGGGCCAGUGUCCCCUUUCAGUUCCGGUUCGAGAGUGAAGAUGGCAUCCUGGUCGUGUCUACUCAGGGAGAGGUGGAGGAGAUCGAGCAGCGCAACCAGAAGCUGCAGGAGGAAAACCAGGAACUGCGGGACAACUGCGGGAACCUCUUGGAGCAGAAAGAAGAGCUGCAUAAGCAGUUGCAGAGGGCCCAGGAGAAAGUGAAGGAGUUGGAGGGAGAGAUAGACUCCCUGAAGAUCGGAAACUCUGAGCUCCAGAGAGCUCAGGAAACGCAGAACUGGGAGAUGAUGUCUGCCCAGGAAGGACUCGUCUCCGUGCAGGAGCAGACGGAGAAGCUGGAGAAGGAGAACCAGGAGCUGAAGGGACAGCUGGAGUCCCUGGUGGUUAUCAGGAAGACACUGAAGCAGCAAGUCUCCUACUUGAAGGAAGAGAACAAACAGCUGGAGGAGGACAAGGCCCACGAGGACGAAGAGCGCCAGCGGAUCCGAGACCAGGCCUGGCAGCUGUUGGCAGAAAAGAAGCAGUUGGAAGUCAAGCUGAAGAGCAGCCUGGACCAGUUGGAUCAGCUCCAGUCUCGUUUCUCCAUUCAAGAAAAAGAGAUAGAAAAAAUGUCUCAGGAGGCCCAGGACAAGACAAGGAACCUGGAACAAGUGAGGAAGGAAAAUGAGCAGCUGCUCCUCCGCCUGGCUAAACAGAAGGAAGAACAAGAUCGUCACGUGGAGGAGCUGAAGCAGGAAACAUUGCUGACAACACAACAGCAUGUGCAGCAGAUCAGCGACCUGACCCAAAGGCUGGCAGAGAGUCAGCAGGCGUGUCGCCAGUUGCAGAGGGAGAAGGAGAACGCUGAAGGGGAGAAUGAACUCCUGCAAGCUGAGAACAGGAGACUGCUGAGCUAUGCUAAUCGGGACCCGGGCAGUUAUCCCUUCGAUGACCCUGUUCAAGCCCAGGGGCCUCCUUGGAUGGACCCUGAGCCGGGAUUUGUCUUCAGUAAUCCUUACUCCGCUCCCCAAGACUUUGCGACAAAUGAUCCGGUACGUGAGUGACUGAUUUUUUUUUUUUCCUCCCCUCUCCCUCCAAGUUAGCCCCCAGGGCACUUGGCUCCCAGCCCUGCCUGGUGGGACCCUGAAAUACCUCCUGGCAGAACGUGGAGUUUUCUAGCUGGGGUCACCCCUCGUCCUCUACUCCCUAAGGGCCCCGAGCUGCUCACUGCCCUGUCCUUUAAUUCCUCCCCAGGGCUGCGGGCAGGGUCAAAGCAGCCCUCACAGCCACCAGCCCAGAGGGAUUCUCCCGCCGUCCCGGAGGCUCUCAGCUGGCCCGGUCGCUGGACGUAGGGGAUUUGGCUAGUAAGGGCUCAAGUAGGGGCAACUGCACAUCGAAAGCCCCCACAGAAUGCAGAAUGUGGUGUUGAUGCUCGUCCUGAUGGCUCCCACCCUCAGCGAGCCCGCCCACCCUGCCUCUGGCCGGCAGGCGCCAGGUGGGAGAGGGA